AUGAGUGGAAUCGUCCCUCUAAAAUUUUUUCUAUUCGUACUUUUUGGCAAGACAAUUGCAGCACCAUCUUUGGGGAACAAAAUUUCAAUAAAUUUGGACAUAUCUGGAGAUGCUCCAGAACAGGUUGGAUCCUUGCCAUCGGUGGAAUACCCCGGUGCCGUCAACUAUUUCAUGAAGAGAACCUACUACUUUUCUCAUGUAAUGGGGUCUAUCUCGGAUGCUGGAGAGAUUAUUUUAGAAGACCCUCAGGUUACCAGUAGGCGUGUCCUUGUGCUAACUAGAGAAGAUGGUACUAAAUAUGUCAAAGUUAGUAAUAGGUAUAAAAAUUUCAGAGGUAGAUCUAACAGGAAGAUUGUAGAGUUUAUAAGGAGACCUGUUGAUUUCUACUAUACCCAAAUCUUUAGAGCUCCUUUAAAAUUGAAUGUUAAAACGUAUGAUGACGAUAGUUUCAUAAAGGUUGAAAAUGGAGAAACUGGCAAAGUGUUUACUAUACGGGAUGAAUUAAAGGAUGAACUAGUGAUUGGUGCAGUUAAUUAUGGAGAAUAUAAUAUAAACCAUGAUAUUGAGGGGCUAAUGGAAAGGACUGUGAGAGUGGUAGAAGGUAGAGUCGUAUACAUAAUAAUUGUCUCCAAAUACGUAAACGGGAUUGAGUUUGAAAUGAAGUACAAGUUUGUAGACGGAAGAAUACCUUCGCUAUCUCGUUUUUCAAUUACCGUCAACAUAUUGAAAUUGAGAUGA